AGCUUAAACGACGGAUCUCUUCGUUCUGACCCAAGAGUUCUUCCUUCUUCCUACCCCUUCUCCUCCCCUCCAUCAUGCCCCUUUCCAAUAUCAUCCGAGACAAACUUACUCGGCUCUGUGUAGCCGAAAAUGAAAUCACACGCGAAGCCCUCCGGCUUAUAGCACGAGACAAGUCUGGAAAGUAUACCCUGAACGACCGCAUUCGUGCGCAAUUGGAGCUUCAAAAAUUGCCAAAAUAUUCACGGCCAACAGCAGUUCACAACAGAUGUGUAGAGAGUGGAAAGACAAGGGGUCAUGUAACCGAUUUCAAGGUUAGCCGAAUCGUCUUCCGAGAAAGAGCGUUGGCGGGUGAGAUACCGGGGGUGAAAAAGAGUUGUUGGUAGAGCAACGUGGAGUUCAGGAAGGGUUUAUUUAUUCUAGCUGCGUUUGGAGAAGAGGAGGGUCGCAACGACUUGUUCUUGCAGCAAAAGCGCUGAUCAGAUGCUGGUUGAGCCAGUCGGAUCAACUCUUUGUUUUUUCUCAUCAGUAAAAUACAUAAUGGCAUAAGAAACAUUGAAUUGGAAAGAAGGAAAC